UACAGGCACGCGCUCCGAUCGUUGGUCCGGGCGCGCCCUCUCGUGCGCGUUCCUUCUUUUUCUCCCAAGAGCUCGCUCUAGAGACUGAGCGAGCCACCGGCACGUACAGACAUGAUCUGUCUUUUCUUGACGCUGUUCGCUCACAUCUUCAAGACAGGAUGGACAGGUGUGAACGAGCGAACCCUCAUCGCCGUAAAGCCGGAUGGUGUCCAGAGGAAGCUAGUAGGAGAAAUCAUCCGCCGCUUUGAGAAAAAAGGUUUUAAACUGGUCGGCAUGAAAUUCCUGCAGGCUUCUGAGGAGCACUUGAGGGAGCACUAUUGGGAAUUGAGAGAGAGGCCAUUUUACAAAGGCCUUGUGAAAUACAUGAGUUCUGGGCCUAUUGUAGUAAUGGUAUGGCAAGGUCUGGAUGUGGUGAAAACAUCUAGAAAGAUGCUUGGAGAGACAAACCCUGCCGACUCUCUCCCGGGAACCAUCAGAGGAGAUUACGGUGUAGAAGUGGGCAGGAACGUUGUCCAUGGCAGCGACUCGGUGGAAAGUGCUCAGAGAGAAAUCUCCCUAUGGUUCAAGGAACCUGAGCUUGUCUGCUGGGAAGAGAGCUCUGAGCACUGGAUCUAUGUCUGAUGCUCUGCCUCGAACACAUCAACACACACAUGCACACAGCUUUGUGGCCUCAUGUAUGUCUAGCAAUACAAAAUUGUUACUACUGGUACAUGAAAUCCUUGUGUUUUUAUAGAAGUGCUAGCAUGUAUUCACACACACACAAUAGAUAAGGAUGCAUUGAUAAUGUUUGGCAACAUGAAAGUUAAAUAGAGAAACAUAUCGGAACUACAAAUCAUUUAAUUGUUAAACAAAUGUUUCCUUUACAUGCCUUUUUACAAUGUUCAACACUUAGGGAUUUUUCAUGAUCUUGCUUUUUACGUGUUUUUCCGGAUAGAAGCAUAAAAACAAAAACUCCAUUAUUUAAAAUAUUUAUCUUCGGCUCAUUCACGGAGGCCUUUUUAGUCAUUAUUUAGCUUGCACUUUAUUUGCUGAUUACUGUUACAUUUUCAGUUCUGUUUCUUUAUGAAUUUAUAGUAUUUGACAUUUGGCUUUUCCUAGUUAAGUCCACAAUCAUUGAUGCUCUGGUGAUUUUUAGAAUUUCAUUUGUGGCCAAGAUUAUAAUUUUAAGCUCCUCAUUCUUGUCAGUUGAUAUCAACUAUUGUGAAAUUUUAGCCGCAAAAUUUUUACAAUGCCUGUAGUGCAUAACAAUCUCAGAAGGAUGGCCUGUGCUGACAUGAGCUGGUGACUACCCCAGAAUCUUUAAUUAAAGCUAUACAUGUUUAGAUUUAAACUUAAACACCAGCACUGUUACAAUAUUGUACAGCAUACAGUUGUGAAGCGUAGGUAUGAUUAUAAACAAUAACAAAAGCAAUAGUAAGUAAUAUUUGCCUUACAGGGUUUACUUUUGUGCUGUUUUUUACACUGCAGAUUUAGUACCUGACUUUUAUGUUGUUUCUUGUUCUUUGCUGAGCAAAUAAACUGCUUU